AUGACAAGAACACCGCCGGAUGACAAGAACACGGCCGGGGACAAGAACACUCCCGGAGGACAAGAACACUCCCGGAGGACAAGAACACCGCCGGAGGACAAACAACCCGCCGAGGACAAGAACACCGCCGGAGGACAAGAACACGGCCGAGGACAAGAACACUCCCGGAGGACAAGAACACCGCCGGAGGACAAAACACCGCCGGAUAACAAGAACACGGCCGGGGGACAAGAACACGCGCCGGAGGACAAGAACACCGCCGGAGGACAAGAACACCGCCGGAUGACAAGAACACUCCCGGAGGACAAGAACACUCCCGGAGGACAAGAACACCGCGGAGGACAAGAACACCGCCGGAGGACAAGAACACUCCCGGAGGACAAGAACACUCCCGGAGGACAAGAACACUCCGGAGGACAAGAACACCGCCGGAGGACAAGAACACCGCCGGAGGACAAGAACACGGCCGGGGGACAAGAACACCGCCGAGGGACAAGAACACCGCCGGAGGACAAGAACACCGCCGGAGGACAAGAACACUCCCGGAGGACAAGAACACUCCCGGAGGACAAGAACACGGCCGGAGGACAAGAACACGCCGGAGGACAAGAACACUCCCGGAGGACAAGAACACUCCCGGAGGACAAGAACACCCGCCGAGGACAAGAACACCGCCGGAGGACAAGAACACCGCCGGAGGACAAGACACCGCCAGGGACAAGAACACGGCGGAGGACAGAACACACCGCCGGGACAAGAAACUCCCGGAGGACAAGAACACCGCCGGAGGACAAGAACACACCGCCGGGGGACGAGAACACUCCCGGAGGACAAGAACCUCCCGGAGGACAAGAACACCGCCGGGGGAAAGAACACCGCCGGAGGACAAGAACACCGCCGGAGGACAAGAACACCGCCGGAGGACAAGAAACACCGCCGGGGACAAGAACACCGCUGGAGGACAAGAACACCGCCGGAGGACAAGAACACUGCCGUGGGUCAAGAACACCGCCGAGGACAAGAACACCGCCGGAGGACAAGAACAACCGCCGUGGGUCAAGAACACCGCCGGGGGACAAGAACACCGCCGGAGGACAAGAACACCGCCGGGGGACAAGACACCGCCGGAGGACAAGAACACCGCCGGGGGACAAGACAACCGCCGGGGGACAAAACACCGCCGGAGGACAAAAACACCACCGGAGGACAAGACCACUCCCGGAGGACAAGACCACUCCCGGAGGACAAGAACAAGGCCGGAAGACAAGAACACCGCCGGAGGACAAGACCACUCCCGGAGGACAAGACCACUCCCGAGGACAGACCACUCCAGGAGGACAAGAACAAGGGCCGGAGGACAAGCAGAACACGGCUAGAUAA